GUAGGAAUUAUUAAACUCAUUUUUUUCUAAUUUUUAAAUAGUUCUUCGAAAAAAUAAUCUAUUAUUGAGAAACAACCAUUACCCUCCACUGAAAUUUGCAAAAUUAGAAUGCCAAUUUCAUGUCGGCUAAUGCCAUCCGUACACUCUCCAAAAAAAUUGAAAAAAUUGGGUCGACCAUCCUCAUCCGUACUAACUACCAUAACCUCCCUUUUAACUGCUUCUUGAACUCCUGUAACUCACUUUCCCACCUUAAACUCAUCCAUGCUCUCAUCAUCACAACCGGAUCUCACCAUAGCUUCCUCCUCUCCACAAAGCUCCUCACUCUGUCCUCAACUUUGGCUUCUUCAAUGGACUAUGCUCGUAAGCUGUUCGAUAAAAUGCCGCAAAGAGAUGUUUUUCUUUGGAACACUUUAAUUAGAGGCUAUGCUGAUCUGGGUCCUUGCCAUGAAGCUUUAUUGCUUUAUAAAAGCAUGCAUCAUGACGGGUUUUUACCGGAUAAUUAUACUUUUCCUUUUGUGGUUCGGUCCUGCGGGGUGAUUUCGGGGUUGAAGGAAGGGAAAGAAGUGCAUUGUAAUGUGAUUAAAAAUGGGUUUGAUUUGGAUGUGUUUGUACAGAGCGCUUUAGUCUCUAUGUAUGCUCAGUUUGAGGAGGUUUUGGAUAUGGAGAUUGCUUUUGGUGAAAUGGUUGUGAGGAAUAUAGUUUCUUGGACUGCUAUGAUUGCUGGUUAUGUGCAGAAUAGGCUUUUCAGUGAGGGGUUGGAGAUUUUUAGGGAGAUGGUGAGAUCGGGAACUCGACCUAAUGCGAUUACAUUGGUGAGUGUCCUUCCUGCUUGUAGUAGUUUGGAGUUUCUGAUUUUAGGGAAGUUGGUUUAUGCGUAUGCGGUUAAAGUUGGAGUUGAUUCUGAUGUUUCGUUAAGAAAUUCAUUUAUUGCGUUCUAUGGGAAAUGUGGAAAUGUUGAUGUAGCUAGAUUGUUGUUUAAUGGGAUGGCUGAUAAGAGCUUAGUCUCGUGGAACGCUAUGCUUGCAGCCUAUGAGCAGAAUAAUGCUGAAAGAAAAGCGAUAAAGCUCUUUCUUAGAAUGCUUUGUGAGAGGGUGGAAUAUGAUUAUAUAACAGUAAUUAGUGUAAUUUCUGCUUGUACUAGUUUAGGAGCACUCGGUUUUGGAAAAUGGUUACAUGAGCUUAUCAAAAGGAAGGGCUUUGAAACCAAUGCUCUCAUCAUGAGUGCUCUUAUCAACAUGUAUGCAAAAUGCGGAUGCAUAGAAUUGGCGAAGGAUAUUUUCGAGAAGUUGCCUGAUAGAAACGUUGUGUCGUGGAGUUCAAUAAUUGGGGCUUGUGCAUACCAUGGUCAUGCGGGUGAUGCUCUCAAGCUAUUCUCACAGAUGAAAAAGGAAGGAAUUAAACCAAAUGGCUUCACCUUCACAGCUCUUUUGACGGCCUGCAGACAUUCCGGCUUAGUUGAAGAAGGAAGGAGAGUGUUCGAGAGCAUGACGAAAGAUUACUCUAUUGUACCGUGUGUAAAGCAAUGUGCUUGUGUGGUUGAUCUUCUUGCUAGAGCUGGGUGUUUGAUCGAGGCUUAUGAAUUCGUCCAAAAUAUGCGGGUUGCACCAGAUUUAGACAUUUGGAUAGCUUUGCUUUCGGCCUGUAAAAUAUACAACAAUGUCGAACUAGCCGAGCUUGUGGCAGAGAAGCUAUUCCAGUUGGAUCCUCAAAAUGUAAAUUCCUAUAUUCUGAUGUCUUGUAUAUAUGCUCAAGUUGAGAGAUGGGAAGAUGCGGCGAGGUUAAAGAAUUUGAUUGGGGAAAGAGAGUUGAAAAAACCAUCUGGACAAAGUUUGGUGGAGGCUAAUCAAGGAUUUCAUACGUUUUUAGCAGGUUUGAGAUCCCAACCCUCUUGGGCCAUUCAGUGAACAAGAGUGUGUUCAAUUUGAAAAGCUUGAUGAUCUGUGAGAUAUGCAGCUAUGGGUAAGAUUUAACUUAAUGCACAUCAAGUAUGAUGAAAUAGGAACAAAAGAAAUUGAAAUGUGAUGGAUUUCAACUCAUGCCAGUCUGAUGGCAUACAUGGGCACCUACAAGACUAAAUUAUCAUUAUACAGUUGAUUCAGAGGGGUCAGCAAAUAUUCAGUUAAACCGAAUUAAUCGAUCUAUUUCGGUUAUAGAGGUUUUGGUUGAUUCAAUUAGUUCGAUCGGUUUAUAUCAAUAAAAAAAUUUGGUUGGAAUUACCGUAAAAAGUUUCAAAAAUUCGGUUAAUAAAAUUUACCAAAUAUUUAUUUAUUUAUUUA